AGAAAACACGAGGAAAUGGGGAUACCGCAUGUUUUGGCUAUUCCAUUUCCAGCACAAGACCAUGUCAUUCCUCUCAUGAAUCUCUCCCAAAACUUAGCCAAACAAGCCCUCAAAAUCACUUUUGUCAACAAAGAGUUUAAUCACAAGAGAGUCAUCGAUGCAUUCGGCGAGAAUGUCGCCGGAAACAGCUUACUUCAGCUAGUUUCUGUUCCCGAUGGAUUGGAAGAUGGCGAAGGCAGGAAGCAAGUAGGGAAAUUAACUGAACAAAUAAUCCAGGUUAUGCCUGGACACCUGAAGGAGUUGAUUCAUAAGAUUAAUGCGUCGAAUGAAGAUAGGAUUACUUGUGUUUUAGCUGAUUUAAGCGUCGGGUUUGCGGUCGAUGUUGCGGUGGAGUUGGGGAUUCCGACGGCUGGAUUUUGGUCGGCUUCGAUUUUUCAACUAGUGAUGUUUCUUAGUAUCCCAAAGCAUAUUGAGGAUGGAUGGAUGGAUUGAUGAAAAUGGUAAGACCCUAUCUUUAUUUUAACUGGCACUCCACUUAUAAAAGAUAAGGUGUUCCAGUUGUCACCUAUGACGCCUGCUAUACACCCAACCAACUUUGUAUGGUAUAACAUUGAAAGCUCUCCUUCAACACAGAAAAUCAUUUUCCAUACUUUACGGGGGGAAAACAAAGCUGUUGAAUCAGUAGAUUGGGUACUCUGCAACUCAAGUUUGGAAUUGGAGCCUGAAGGGUUCAACUUGGUUCCCCAAAUCCUACCCAUCGGCCCGCUUUCAGCCAUCAAUCGGCUCGGGAACUUGUCAGGGAAUUUCUGGCCUGAGGAUCCAACUUGUUUACAAUGGCUCGAUCAACAACCACCUGCCUCAGUCAUAUAUGUUGCAUUCGGUAGUUUCACAAUUUUUGACGAAAUCCAGUUCCAAGAGUUGGCUUUGGGGCUUGAACUGGCCAACAGGCCAUUUCUUUGGACCGUCCGAGAAGAUAUUACAAAGGGGAAACACCAUGUUUACCCACAGGGGUUUAUCGAAAGAGUGGGAAAUCGAGGUAAGAUGGUGAGUUGGGCACCACAAGGAGCAGUAUUGGAACAUUCAUCGAUUGCUUGCUUUAUAAGUCACUGCGGGUGGAAUUCCACCAUUGAAGGUGUAAGCAAUGGGGUUCCCUUCUUGUGCUGGCCUUACUUUGCAGACCAGUUCCUGAACGAGAGCUACAUUUGCGAUAUCUGGAAGGUCGGGCUGAAAUUCGAAAGGGAUGAAAGAGAUAUCAUCGGAAAAGAAGAGAUUAAAAGCAAGGUGGAACAAUUGAUAGGCGAUGAUAAUAUCAGAACAAGAAUUGUUGAACUGAAGCAAAGGGUUGCCAAAAGUGUCGCUGAAAGUGGAAGUUCUGGUCAGGUAUUCAAAGAUUUUGUUCAGUGGUUGAAAUCAUAG